UGUUCUUUCCCCUUAACUCUCCCUGUGCAACGUGUCUGGGGAGGAGGGGAGGGGGGCGGAGAGGGGAGGGAGGGGCAGCGUGGAGGAGCUGUCCGCCUUGCACGUUUCCAAUCGCAUUACGUGAACAAAUAGCGGAGGGGCAGCGAGGCCAGAACGGCUUGUGUAACUGCAAACUGGUCAGAAAGUUUAAAAUCUCUCCUCCUCCUUCUACUCCAGACUCUGUGCGCUUUCCCAGACCGUCGUGCGCCGCUCCCCGUCGCCUUCCAGGACUGGGAAAGGGGAGAGGAGGACGGUGCCACGUCCGACGGCCGUCUGGGCUGGGGGCAGGGUCUGCCGUUCGCCCUUGGCACGACUCCCUGCGACCCAUCCCCGCGCCUCGCCCUCCUCCUCCCUGCUCGGAGAGGUCUCCCUCCUUCGUGGGAUCUGAGUCCCGUCUUCCUUUUUCUCCUAGCCACGUCCUCCCGGAGAAGGGACGAGCCGGGAGCACCAUGCGUUUUGCCUGGGCUGUGCUCCUCCUGGGGCCGCUGCAACUUUGUCCCCUUCUCCGCUGCGCCCCGCAGACCCCGCGCGAGCCGCCCGCUGCCCCCGGUGCCUGGCGCCAGACAAUCCAAUGGGAGAACAACGGGCAGGUGUUCAGUCUGCUGAGCCUCGGGGCGCAGUACCAGCCUCAGCGACGCCGCGACCCCAGCGCCACUGCCCGGAGACCCGACGGCGACGCAGUCUCGCAGCCGCGCACACCCAUUCUUCUGCUGCGUGACAACCGCACCGCCUCUGCCCGUGCGAGGACGCCAAGCCCGUCUGGGGUCGCCGCGGGUCGUCCCCGGCCCGCCGCCCGCCACUGGUUCCAAGCUGGUUUCUCGCCGUCGGGGGCUCGAGAUGGAGCCUCGCGGCGCGCGGCGAACCGGACUGCGUCGCCACAGCCUCCGCAGCUUAGUAAUCUGAGGCCACCCAGCCACAUAGAUCGCAUGGUGGGCGACGACCCCUACAAUUCCUACAAGUACUCCGACGACAACCCUUAUUAUAACUACUAUGACACAUAUGAGAGGCCACGGCCCGGGAGCAGGUACCGACCUGGAUACGGCACCGGUUACUUCCAGUACGGUCUCCCGGACCUGGUGCCCGACCCCUAUUACAUCCAGGCUUCCACGUACGUCCAGAAGAUGUCUAUGUACAACCUGAGAUGCGCUGCGGAAGAAAACUGCCUGGCCAGUUCAGCAUAUAGGGCGGAUGUCAGAGACUAUGACCACAGGGUACUGCUACGAUUUCCGCAAAGAGUGAAGAACCAAGGGACAUCGGACUUCUUACCAAGCCGCCCUCGGUACUCCUGGGAGUGGCACAGCUGUCACCAACAUUACCACAGCAUGGACGAAUUCAGCCACUAUGACCUGCUUGAUGCCAACACACAGAGGAGAGUGGCUGAAGGCCACAAAGCAAGCUUCUGUCUGGAGGACACGUCCUGUGACUAUGGGUACCACAGGCGCUUUGCGUGCACUGCACACACACAGGGAUUGAGUCCUGGAUGUUAUGACACCUAUGCAGCAGACAUAGACUGCCAGUGGAUUGAUAUUACAGAUGUACAACCUGGAAACUACAUUCUAAAGGUCAGUGUAAACCCCAGCUACCUGGUGCCUGAAUCAGACUACAGUAACAAUGUUGUACGCUGUGACAUUCGCUACACAGGACAUCAUGCCUACGCCUCAGGCUGCACAAUUUCACCGUAUUAGAAAGAAGCCCAGUUCCCAGUGGAUAAAGCAGUUCCUGGUGUUUGGACAUAUGAAAACCAUAGAUUAGCUUAAGUAGGAAGGACUUACAUAUUUUAAAAGACAAACAGUAAACAACAAAGGAGGUUUUGUUUGGACUCUUUCACAACAAAUGACAUAACUGGAUUUUGAGUGUUUAAAUCAACAAUAUUUGGCAAAUUUUAAAUCCUUACUCAUGUUAUUUUGUGAAUUAGCAGUGUUUCAAUUCUGUGGGUGCAUAGUGGGCUCUUUCAAAGAACUCUGAACUUCUUAUGUUCUUUUGAAAUUAUAGUGCAAAUGGGAAAUUGAUAUUUUAAUGAGUGAGCCACAAUUUGAACGGAUUCUUUUCUAAAGUGCUGAAACCAGUGAAACAAUGAUGAUGAGCCUAUAUUUGCCUCAACUUAGAUUAAUUUUUUAAAAAGGUGUUCCUAUUGUGUAAACAGAAAUGGAUACACUUGGUGCUGAGGAAGGGCCAAACAUCUAACUAUUGUUGUCAUGAAGUAUAAUCAGAGAGAUGGCGAUAUAUGUAUUCAGAUAGUUACAUCCCUAUAUCAAAUUAUGUUUACAUUUUAGAGUUACUAGACAAUUUCCUUUCUGUUAAUUGCUUAAUUUCACUCUGACUUGAGUCAACUUGUUUUGGAAUGAAUUAGAAAAUUCCAAGAUCCUGUUUGAUACUUGUUGCUAUUCGAUCCCACGCUGCUUAGUUUUUCUGUGGGCAAAAAUGUCUAAUGUGACAGUCAGCACAUCCCCCAUUGUGAGGUUUCACAGCAUAGGAAAAUCAUUCCGAUGACCGACAGGUGUGAUCAAUGGAGAGCUAACAUGCCCUGCAGCAUAUUUUACUGUUAGCCAGAAUUAAGUCACUGCUGACACAGCAAUUAUACAAGGAAUCUCUAACAUCACAAUCAUCUUUCAAAUACUGUCAAAAGAAAAAUACUGGAAAACCUUUUUAGAUUUUUUUCAACUCUACUACACUUCUGAAAUGUUCAGCUAUUAAGGGGAAUGUUGAAUUUAUAUAUAUAUAUAUAAAACCAUCCGUAAAAGAUGACCUACUGGGUGCAAUGCAGGGCCAUCAUCUUAGACUCUUCAGGAGUUGGGUAUAUACGUUUUUGUGUAUUUACAAAAUACAACCCAAAUUAGCGAAGCACAUAGCAUUGUAUACUUGAGAGGUUGGCGAACAAGAGGGAAGCAGGUCCUUCCUGCAAAAAAACAAGGACCAUGCACCACAACGAGACUGCUGUGACCUUACUUAAAACUGUGAAACUGUGUGCAGCAGUGGGAUUUGGAGACUCUUACAUUCAGAAGGUGCAGAAAGAAAUCAAGUUAGACUUUUGAAUUCCUGGUGCUUGCGCCGAAGUCGUACUUCAUUUACCAGCAUUAAAAUCUCAAGUAAGGCAUCUCCCGUGCUAGAACGUGUCAGGUAGACCUUUCUAAGUGAGCUGGAAUCCUAACUCACGUGUCAUAGACUUGUAAGUGCAACAGUCUCUAAUCAUCACGCUGUAGACUCAUUGCUGCAGAGCAAGUGGGAGGGGCCAGAGAUGGGCAGUCGCCAGGGGUGGAUAGCGCGGUACACGUAAUUCUCAUCCGCCUGAAAGCACACUUACCCAUAAGCAAAUGCAGGCAGAACUUUGAUUGAGCUGGUUUCUGAUCGACAGGAUUGCUUCUUUGAUGUACCUCUUUGCCCUAGCUAGCAUCUCAGUUUUGAUACUGUAGAACGAUCCUUUCAAAUUAUAAUCAUUCUGAUAGAGGUAUUUUAAUAUACAUGCUUUUAAAAACAAAACAAAAAACUACUGUCAGUAUGAAUACUGAGCCAGACUGGCAUAUAUAGAUUUAACAUCUCGUCCUACUAAGAUUCUUAACUGUAUAAAAAUAAUAUGGCUUUUAGAUAUAUAGGAUAAUAAUUUCAAUGAGACCCUUAUCUCUUUAUUGAACAUUAUUUUAGGAACAGUAAAAGCCACGCACUUACCUGCUACCCAUUGGAAAAUUAAAAUGACUGUCCCCAACCUAAGUAAAUACGAAAAUUAGGCUUGCCUUAUUUCGUCUUUAACUGCUAAAAGUAUGUCUAUAGAACUUAAAAUUUAAGCACUACUAGUUGUCAUGGCCAUAUUUUAUUUUCCAAAAAUUAAGUUAAAAGUCAUUAAUGUCAUUAAUUAUAUACAUGUAUGUAUUUCUAAUAAUUAAAAUACCUUUCAAAUCCAUGGAAUGUCUGGCUUUUAAAUGUAAUUUGACCUUUUUGUUUGAUUUUUUUUUCACUGAAGUAGCUAUUUAUUUGUAAACAUUUCUUUCCUUUCCACGAUUUAAAAACACUUCCAAUUGACUUUAAAUCCUGACUUGCCACUUUGUAUUUUUGACCUUUGAGCGUCUGUUCUCCGUUUAAUUGGUGUAGAAUAAUGAUUUAAAAAAAAAAUCCCAAGCUAGUCUAACCAAACUCUAAGUUUUUAAAAAAGUACUAAGUGAGAAUGACACAAAGAUCAUCAAAGAUUGUCUUUACACUAACAACGGCCGUGAAGAAAUGGAAGACAGCAUAGUUAAGUCUACUCUUUACCAUCUGAGUUGUAUCAUGACAUGGAGACUGCAGACUCCAUCUUCAGUGGGACCGUGGGCUAGCUUUCCUAGUCCCAGGAAAUUUUCUUCACAUUUUAUAUAACUAUUUAAUUACAAGUUCCAUCGAAUUAUUCGCUAGGCACUCUUUGUAACAGUAGUGUGUUGCUCUUUAAAAUAUUAAUGUUAGACACAUGUGUGGACAUCAUUCCCUGUGUUCAUUUUCUCCCCAUUGAUCAUUAGUCUUCAACAGGUUUUAUGAAAAUACUGAGCCCUUAGUCAUGAACUACUUUAGAAAUAAUUUUGCUAACAAUAUAUUAAGUAAUAAAAUUACCCACUUUAUGUAUGCUUCAUUUUUAAAUUCACAUAGACAAUAUAUAUUUUUUUAAAUCAACGGUUUAAAUUUUAUUCCCAGCUACCCAACGUCCUAGCCAACUUUUGAACACAGAUUUUGUUAGCCUUCAAGUUUAAACGGUGCUGAAUUGUCUUAACUUGAAUGUAAAAAUGGAUUAAGGCUUAGCUCAUGGAAUACACACAUUUAAUAUAUGACUGCUUGCUGCGUAGUAGGGGACAUGUCAUUUGGUGUUAAAUUGUCUAAAAUAAAGUUCAGUUUCUCCCAGUUU